AUGGGGGGUGCGUCUUUCAUUUUGCAGCUUACAAGUUAUUUGACAUCAUUAAAUCCACUCCGAUAUUUGAUGCCCGAAAAUACCGGAUUGUCCCGUUCAACGUAUUAUUCUCAAUUGCAGAGAAAUCUUCCGAUGGGUACAUUUAGUUGGAAGGUUUCAUCGUUUCAACAAUACAUUAAAAAUUGUGGUACGGGUGACAUAUUCUAUAGUCCGAGGUUCACGAUUCCUCAACUUCAAUCCACAUACGCAAAUACGGCGAAUUAUGACAAUUCGCCGCACAUUUCUCAAUGGCGACUUAAGGUCUUCCCCAAUGGUAAUGACACAUAUGAUUACAUAUCCGCUUACCUGGAAGCAAUACAAACCCCUUAUGAGAAACGACAUAACAUAAAGGUUCGUCCGGCAAAGUUCAAAUUAUUUUUAGAGAUGGUCGAUUUAAAUAAAAAUCCACGAAAGAAUAUCUUGAUCGAUUCGGAUACAAAUCAUACAAUUUUAGAACAUAAAUUCGAAUUUGAUAAUGAUGAAUCCGAUUUAGGUUAUCGUCGACUAUGUCUAAUCAAUCAAUUGUUCCCCGAUGGUAAUAAAUCACGUGAUAUCGAUUUGAUCUUUCACGUUCAUUUCAUCACUUGUGAUGAUCCGUUAAUGGAUGAAGCCUUAAAUAUAAAUCAGAAUGAAAAAUUCUUUGAAAAUGGUGCAUUCGCGGAUGUCGGUUUCAUCCUAGAUUGUGGGAGGGUCAUCAAAGCUCACAAGAUCGUGUUAGCAAGUGGAAGUGCUUAUUUCGAUAAAAUGUUACAAGGUGGUUGGAUAGAAGGCACGGCAAAAAUCAUUAAAUUACAUAAUUGGAAAUAUGAAACUUUCAAGUCCAUACUUUAUUAUAUUUAUACUCACAAAUUAGUAAAUAAUGAUGAUAUAGAAUUAUUAAAAGAAAUUUACAUCAAUAGUGAUAUGAUCGGUUUGGUUAAAUUACAAAAUUUAGCGAAAAUGAGGUUAGUGCAAUUAAUAUCACUUGAUAAUUGGGAACAAAUUUUAUUAUUUGGCUGGGAACAUGAUGAUUUGAUUCUAAAGACAUGUGGUUUGGACUUUGUUUCUUCCAAUUAUCCAAAGAUUAGAAAUUCUGAUGCCAUGAAGACAAUUCUUGAUACUAGAAAUAUUGAAUGGAUUGAAGAACUUAUGGCUGUUGCCAUGAUAAAAAUUUGA